AUGAACAAUUUAGACGAACGUGAUUGUAUCCUCAAUGAAGAUUUAGAGAAGUUAUAAAAAGCAAUAAAUUCUUUAAGCAAAAAGGAAUACAAUCAAAAGUAAGAUGCAAUUAAGAACUGUGAAGCUCAAGUUAAAAAAAUUUCGGUGUACAUUGAAAGUUAUGAAAUUGAGAUUGAAAAUCUAGAUAAGGCCUAAAUCACUAUGUAUUGUAAUGUUCUACUCUAGGUACAAUGACAAAUUAGGAUCAAUCAAAUAAAGAUUUUUGCGAUUGAAAUCUGAAUUAAAGUUUACAAAAAAUGAAGCUUAGAAAUAGGAAAAUCUAUUUAAAGGAAGGUCAGAUUAAUAACCUUAAAGUUUGGAGUUUAUGAAAACAUAAUAGGUUAUUGAAAUGGGAGAUUAAUUGUAGAAAGAUGGUAUUUUAUAGAAUCAAUAAUAUUUAGCAUAAAAAAUAAUAACAGAUACUAAUCUAAUAGUUUAAUUGGGUAAUGAUUUGGCAGAUUAAACAAAAAUAAGUUUGGAUUAACAAAUAGCCUAAUUGGAUAGCAUGUAUGACAAAGUAUAGGAAACUUAAUCUGUUUUGAAAAGAUCAGCUGAUAAAAUAAAAUAUUUUGCAAAGUUUCUUUUUAACAUUUAUGAAUAGAUAAGUUUAUACUGACAAAUUUUUAAUAUGUUUGAUCGCUCUCAUUUUUAUAGCCAUCAUAGUUUUAAUUGUAUUAUCAGCAUUAGGAUUGGAUGAGGGAAAAUUCAUUACUCCAGAUUAAAUUAAAGGGUCUUUGGCAUCAAAUAGUUCUAGUAGCAUGAAUACAAGCACAACAUCUGCAUCUAAAUGAUAUAUG